ACACGAAGGAUGCGAAGCAAGAUUCCAAGUACCCAGCAAAUUGAAAAGUCAUGCCAAAAUUCACAAAGGUUACACAUGCAACAAAGAAGGCUGUGGCCGUCACUUUGACAAAUGGACUGGCCUUCGCAAACACUUGUCAGACGAUCACAUCACAGAGCACAAAUGUGAACUGUGUGGAAAGGUGUACUUCAAGAGGCACAAGUUACGAGUACACAUGAAAUCUCAUGAGAAGAUCAAGGAAGUGUUUAUAUGUCCCAGAGAAAACUGCAACAGGUCAUACUUGAAGCCCUCGUACCUGGAGCUCCACAUCAAGAACUAUCAUGAUGGAGGCCGUCCCUAUGCCUGUGAUCACCCUGGCUGUAGCAAAACCUUCAUCCACAAAUGCUCCUUGUCCAAACACCAAGUGGUGCACGAGCCGGACUAUGUGCGGCCUCCGCCCAAGCCUCGUAAGAAGAGAGGACUGGCCUCUCGGCUGUCCGGCUACCCAGACGAGGCUAGCAGGCUACCACACCCCAAAAUAGAAACAAACACAUUCAACAGGGCCUGUGAAGUACCAGGAGGGGUCACUUCAGUUGAGGCAGCAGAAGAGAUGGACAGCACUGCUCAGGAGAGUGAAGAUGUGUUGGAUGCAGCUCCUACAGUUACCAUGGAGACAUCGGGGAGCGAUGCAGGAGACAGAGAGGGGAAGGCAGAAGUACGAGAGAUGGAGGAUGAUGGAUACCGGGGUUCAGUGCAUCUUUAGAAGCGGAGACCAUCAGUGAAUGAGAUGGAACCGCUUGUUGGAAAUGCUCUUCGACUCAAAAGUUGUCGAGUUGUUCUGUUGCAAAAAACUUACAUAACAAGGUUAUAUUUAUGUGCGCAGUUGACUCCUCAUAUGCAAAGCAGUGGCUAAAAUAUUCAGAGCAAAAUUCUCAGGCUUUUUCUACAAAUUGUCAAUUUUUUUCACGAUAAGGGUCUGUUUAGAACAGGAUUAUUCAGCUGGUACAAGCAGCAUCUCGUGAUGAAAGGGGACUGUGAGUCAGUGUUUCAUUUGAUUUCCCAUGUUAAUGUGUGAAAAUGCUUCCAAUGACGUCAGAUCUUCAAUGGAACAAGUCACAUGAGGAGGUUUGAACUCAACCUUUUCAGAGUGACCAACGUUUACGGUAAAAGCUCAGGAGCAUGAUGGAGCAUUUUUACUAAUAAAUUUGAUGUGCUUGCCAGUCCAAAUAUAUUUUACGUUUGAAGAUGGUUUGUAACCUGUACAUACAUUUCAACAACGUGUCAUAUACCGUUGACGUCUCUGGACUAUUUAUUGUGUCUCUGAAGAUAACAACCACAGGUGAUUACUGUUGAGUACUAUACAACCAGACCAAAGACACACGGUGUAAGUCUAGAUUGUUUCUUUAUUGUCUGUUCCUGCUUUUCCUCGGUCAAGCUUACUCCUGUGUACUGUAGCAGUCUUUGCUAAGUUUUAAAGGGACCAAAAAUAGUGUCUGAUGCACUUCCCAAUCCUUUUCUCCCAUGGCCUGCAUGGCAAAGAUGAGCUAAGUUCAGAGUAGACAUUCUUACAGAUGAAUUCAGCUUGUUUUCACUUGGUAAUCCCGGUGGUUCCCAUUAAUGGUGGACAGCAUUGCAUUCAGCUUUUGUUCAGAGCAGGAGCUCUCUUUAGUAAUCAUACCAAUGGUUACUGCCACUGGCGGGGGCCACUACAAAUGACUUGUGUAGCAUGCCCAUGGUCACCAGAGAUGUCUGAAAGAGAGCCUUUCUCGUAAAGAGCCUGCAGAAGGUGCUCUGUAAUGGGUAGGCAUUCGUUCUGUUACACUCAAGUUCAUAUCCAUUUUUGCAGCAAUUUACCUGUUUUUAUUCUUUGGAAUACAUGUAGUUGAACACUAUUGAGGGACAUCCCUAAAUGGGAUACAUAUACAUGUAUUUCCCCUUAAGGGUACAAGUAUGCAUUAGUGUCAUGUACUCCAAGGUAGAUGUUGAAUUUUUUUGACUUUGAAUCUGAUGAAAACUUUGAUUACUGUUCAUUAUUCCUCCUUAGAAUAUUACGACGUACUCGGGGUUGACUCGUAAGUUCUGGUAUUCUACUGAACAUGUACUUUACACCAUGUGCAGAAAAUCCACACAAGCUGACUUGAGACAAAUUCAUUCCCUAACUUUGUUGCAAUUGGGAUGAUGCCAGUCCAAUAAACCCUUAAUCUGACAUCUCA